ACCGAACCACACUACAGAGAACCAGAUAUAUCAUAUCUGAAUCAAUAAAAAAUUCCGAAGGACAAUGAAAGAUGUGAGAACCAGGAAAGGUGCUGAUAUAGCUUCAGAUCACCACCUAGUUGUAGCCAAUUUAAAACUGAAGCUGAAAAAGAACUGGACAAGUGGACAAACAGCACUACAAAGGUUCAAUACAGCCUUCCUUCGAGAAACUGACAAACUCAAUGAAUUCAAGAUAGCUCUCAACAACAGGUUCCAAGCCUUACAAGAUCUACUGAAGGAAGAAGAAACUACCAUGGACGACAAAUGGGAAGGUAUAAAAGAGGCAUUACCUUCAACGUGUCAAGAGGUUCUUAGCCUAAAGAAGCACCAUCAUAAGGAAUGGAUCUCUAAAGAAACACUGGACAAGAUCAAAGAAAGG